ACCACAACUACUAUCACCAUCACCCAAAAACCAGCAAACCCACCACUCUCUCUCUCCAAUGGCUCGUACCAAGCAAACUGCCCGCAAGUCCACCGGCGGCAAAGCCCCACGAAAGCAGCUUGCCACAAAGGCGGCAAGGAAGUCAGCUCCGGCGACGGGAGGAGUGAAGAAGCCCCACCGUUUCCGUCCCGGCACAGUGGCGCUCCGAGAAAUCAGAAAAUACCAGAAGAGUACUGAGCUUCUAAUCCGAAAGUUGCCUUUUCAGAGGCUUGUUCGUGAGAUUGCUCAGGAUUUCAAGACCGACCUGAGGUUUCAGAGCUCUGCAGUGGCUGCUCUCCAAGAGGCUGCGGAGGCAUACUUGGUGGGGUUGUUCGAGGAUACCAAUCUCUGUGCGAUUCAUGCUAAGAGGGUUACGAUUAUGCCCAAGGAUAUGCAGCUUGCUAGGAGGAUUAGGGGUGAGAGAGCUUGAAGAUAAUUGAGUGAUCUAUCUAGGAUGUAUGCAGUUGGUACUGUAUAGAUGUUUUUCAAAUUCUCUGGGUCACUUGAUGUUGAUUCUGUACUGGAUCUCUUUCUUAAUGACAUUUCAGGCUUGUUGGUUUCUAAUUUGAUCUCUGUUUUUGUGGUUUUGCAAUUGGAUUUGAAGGUCAUUCUAAAAUCUCUGUUUACUAGUACAUACCUAAGACAUUGGAUGCAAGAGAUCCUAAGACAUUGAUGGUGCAAGCAGC